UUGAUUCCCUCCAGUGAAGGUUCACACCAGUCAGAAGGUAUCUCUACUGUAUAGUCCUCCUGCAUGCCUCUCUGUUGUCUGAACAUGAAGAGCUCUGUGAUUGUCCUCAUCCUCUACUGUCAGGUGUAUGCAGAAGCCAAAGGUAAGUAAAUAUUAUUCAGUUGAUGAGUGAAAUAAAAUAUUAUAUUAUAUCACCAAAAACUUGCUUUCGAGAGCUUCUAAUGUUUAAAAUGGAUCAUGUUGAACACUGUGUGACUGAAAUUAACACGAGUGAAACUCCUUGGUUAUGAAUAUGACAAGUGCUGCAACAGUAUCACAUUUAUUCUACGCUGUAUUGGACUCUGUGUCUGUUAACGAUACUGCAAGUAUAAGAUGCAACUCUGUUGAUGCAACAGCUUGUUACAUGUUAGGGUUAGACCAGGGACUGGGUUACAGGGUUAGGGCUAGGGUUAGACCAGGGACUGGGUUACAGGGUUAGGGCUAGGGUUAGUUAGUGGAUAGUUAACAGUGUCUUGAUAGUUAGUAAACCACCUGUAGUGGUCUAUCCAAAUACAUUAUUACCACAUUAUUUGGACAUUCAUUCAAACAUAGUAGGGCAUAAAAGGAUGUGUGUUCAUGUUGGGAAAGCAGGAGAGGAAUAUGUCAUUAUUAAAUAAUGUACUUGUGGCUGCAUAUCACAAUGCUAUGCUUCCAGAUGCACUGCAAUAUACUAACAAGUGUGUUUCAUUUUUGUUUCUUUUCUCAGUUCUGCAUAUUGAUUUAGCAAUUACUGGAUGCAGUGAUUCAGAUGGAGUGGAUAUGUAUGGACUGGAUGGUGAAGAGAUGUGGUAUGCAGACUUCAACAAAGGGAAGGGAGUGGUGGCACUGCCUCCAUUUGCAGAUCCAAUUAACUUCCCUGGAGCUUAUGAACAGGCUGUAGGUGAUCAGGGGGUAUGCAAAGCAAACCUGGCCACAUGUAUAAAAGCUUACAAGAACCCACCAGAGACAAUAGGUAAGAGAGCAAAAAGUAAUCUAGAGUGAAUGAAUCAAUAGAAUUCAAGUAGUAAUAUAGUAAACUCACUAUAACCUUUCAUAUGUAUCGUCUGUGGUAUAGAGCUCCAAAUAUGAUCACUGUUAGACUUUUUAUAUUACUACAACACAAAAAGAUAAAGCCUAAUCAAUGCUCCACUACACUUCUAGACUCAUAUCAUGUGACCUAAUGACAGAUGUCAAAUUGUUUUAGCCCAAAACUAUGACAACACAACAAGGAAGAAUGAAUGUGAUAUUAAAUGUGUUCCCACAGCCCCUCCUCACAGCAGCAUCUACCCCAGGGAUGAUGUGGAGCUGGGGGCGGAGAACACUCUCAUCUGCCAAGUCAGUGGAUUCUUCCCUGCACCUGUCAGAGUCAGGUGGACCAGGAACAAUCAGAAUGUGACGGAGGGAGUGCGUAUCAGCACUCCGUACCCCAACAGUGAUGUCACCCUCAACCAGUUCUCCAGUCUGAGCUUCACCCCAGAGGAGGGAGACAUCUAUGGCUGCACUGUGGAGCACAAGGGCCUUACUGAGCCCCUGACACGGAUUUGGGGUGAGAAGACGCCACCACAUUACAUUUAGCCUGCAUUACGUUUUCCUUCUUGUGAAUUUUUAAGUGUCACAAAUGCAUUGUUUCAGCCAUUUACUCUGUGAAAUUGAUAAAAUUAGCAACAGUUCAUUACUUGAUGUUCUUCCUCUGUGUCUGUGUCUCUGUGUGUGUGUGUGUGUGUGUGUGUGUGUGUGUGUGUGUAUGUGUGUGUGUCUGUGUGUGUGUGUUUUCUCCACAGAACCUGAGGUGAGCCAGCCCAGUGUGGGUCCUGCUGUGUUCUGUGGAGUGGGUCUGACUCUGGGGCUGCUGGGAGUGGCUACCGGAACAUUCUUCCUCAUCAAAGGAAACCAAUGCAACUGAGACUACAGCUGUCAGAGCAUCACUGUCAAAUCUGUAUAAAUAUAGAGUAGAGAGAGUAGAGUAGAGUAGUACUUUAUUGAUCCCAACUUGGGAAAUAGUUUUAUAACUCAGCAUCAUCAAUAAAUUACAAAGACAAGACCUGUAUCAAUGACAAACACGUUAAAGACACAUAAUAUGACACAUAAGAAGGCACCUUAGUAGCCAUAAAAGAUAGAGACCCGUUUAAGAAAGGUAAGACAUGCUGUUGUCUAUCCUGCUCUGGGGAAACAAACAAUAACAUUACUAUUGAGAAGGCAUCAUAAAUCAAUCAAACAUUACACUUUUUAAAAAGCCUCAUGGCUGUGGAUAAGAAUGACCUUCUGAACCUCUCAGUGGACCUUUUGGGCAUAAUGAACCUACUACUGAAGCUGCUCCUGUGCUGCAUUAGAGUGGAGUGGGUGGGUGAUAUUUUUCAUGAUCAUGUUAGCCUUAGCUUGCAUCCUUUUUAUGAACUUGCUUUCUUUAUGAUUUUGUCAAGCUUGUUUAGGUCAUCCUUUGCUAAGUUUCCUUUCCAUCACGCAUUGGUAUAGCUAAACACACUAGCCACUAACUACACUGCUGUAGAACAUGCGAAGAGGACUUUGCUAUCAUUUAAAGUAUCUUUGUAUUGUUAAAAAUUAUUAUAUAUACUGUAGAUGACAAAGAGCCCUUUAAGCCUCCUUAGGAAUGUGUGGUUAAACUGCAGACAAUUGGAAGGGGAGAUGUAUGUACAUGGAAUACCAAACUAGCCUCCCCUGCUCAGAAGAUUGACUGGGGCGAGGGAUUAGCGCAGCCUAAUUGAUGUACGUGUGGGAUACAAGUUUACCUCCAGUUUGAGUUAUAGUUGGUGUUUGUUUCAUUUUUCACUUUGUAACCUAAGUUUUUAUUAAAGCUUGCAUAUUUGCCUUUAAACCCCUGGUCUGUGUCUUCUAGUUCCACUGCCACACACGUAACACCUACACCCCCACCCUCCUACCUAUGGUGUGCCACAGCACAUUCCAUUGGGUCUAUUGGGUGUUUGUUUACAGACAAAAUUGACUUCCUCAAUAGUAUUAAAUAAAUAUACUAUAAACUCUGUAAUGUACAACAAAUGACUAAAACAAUAUCAAGGUUCUAAAAACCAUCCAAGCACUGCCUGGCAUUGCUCUACAAGGUGAAAAUUAGAAAAAGACAGUCAGGACAGAGAAACACUCACACUCUUUACUGACAAUAGUAGCCUAUGUUUUUGCAUGAUGCCUUUAUGAUAGAAAAAGCUCAACCCAUAUGAAGAAUUGUGCAAACAUUGAGAUAAAGCGUAGGCAUUAAAAUAUUGUUAUAAAAUAAUAUUUUCUUAGAAUAAUGAUGGUGAUGAUAUUUUCAAUUUAGCAUUUUAAUGUUUAACCUUCAAACAUUUGUAUUAUAACAUUUUAAUUAUUACCAUUCAAUUCAGAGGAAGUACUUCUGCUACCAUAUGUAUGAAUAAAUAAACUUGAAUUUAUGCAGAAUUGAUUGGCCAUAUUCUCUUUCAACAAAAGAAACCUGCAUACCUCAGUCCAGCAACUCAAAAUGUGGCAAGGUUAGGUAGUCGUGUAGGGAGGACUGUAAUCAAUGUUUGGACUGACCUGUGUAAGAUAUGUUUUACUCAUUCAGAUGUGCUUUGUUUUCUACAUACCGUCAUGUCCAACCUAGUACAUUUUUAUAUUAACAUUUUAGUCAUUUACUUAAACUAAAACUAAGGAGUGUGUUAUUUAAUUAGGUUAGACAUUCAUUCACACAGGCUACACAGCUGGCCUUGGUUCAAAUAUACAUUUUCUUUGAGUUUGAUUGAGGCUGCCUGGAGUGCCAGAUGGGAGGAAUUAGCACUUUUGGGAGUAUUUUGAUUGAUUCUAUUACACUAGGCAAGCUUAAUCAAGCUCAACUAAAGUAUGGAAAGAAAACAAAUAGUGUUUGAACCCAGGUCUGCUACAAACACACACAUGCACAGGUAAUGGCCCACAAGUGUGCCCUCCUGUGAAAGUGCCCCUGAAAAAAAUAUGUAUUUUUCAUUCUUAUAUAUUGAAUAGUAUUUUUCAUUUUAUUUAACAUGACAAGUAUAAAUACAUAAUUUGUUUAGUUUCUUCAUUUCAUUUGUUUUAUUUGUUUUGAAUUUUUUCACAGGAUUUGGAUCCCCUAUUGUAGCGAUAUUGAAAAGUUUGAUACAAUUGAUACAAUUUAGUGAAUGGUGAAAAUAAUCAUUAUAUUUAAGGUCAGCCCAUAGGGUCUGCCUGGUAACAUGUGACACUGUGUGACCGCAGCAGAGGACUAGCCCAUUUCCUCAACAGUCAAUUCCUUUCCCAAUGAGCUGCUGUCUUUAUUUCACUAUCACACUCAGCAGAGGAACAUGUCGAUGCUAAUUGCCUUCUACAUUUGCCUGACCCAGUUUCUGUCCAUAUUCUCUGGAAUAGGUAAGUUGUGGACACAUUUAUGUUGUUGCUUUAAAUCAUGUCUGAGUUAUUAGAAUCAUGGACAGUGACAUUUAGAUUACACAGAGGGGUAUUUUGUGUAGCAAAGACUUAGUAAAUCAGGACAUUUGCAUAAGCAUAUUUUAAGUCAUUCUGGAAUAUUCUUCUUGACUCUGAGGUGUAUAGUAUGUGAUGGUAGAAUGGUACUUGCAUUAAGAGUAAACCAGCCACAAGUUAAAUAAUGCAUGUAAGCCUAGUAAGCAGUCCCUACAUAUCAAUAAAGCAUCAAUUACACACUUGGCAAAUAGCAUGACAUCUUUUUAAAAUCCUGAUAAUAAGCUUCUAUUUAUUGAAGGUUGUUUUGUAGAAAUGUUUUUCAAAACAUAGACAUACUGAAUGAAGAAUGUGCCAGGAACUAAGCUAUUUUGUCAAACUAUAUUGUCAAAUAUUGUAUAGUGGAAUACAACAUAGUUGGAUAAAAAUCGACUAUAUUUUAUGUAAAUUAGUAUAGAAUGUGACAUGAUUUUUAAAAUAUUAAAAAAUACUACAUUCAACAUCAUAGUAUAAGUAACUAUAUGGAAUAUUGAUGGUCUCUUUUCAUCUGAAAAAACAAUGACCUGUGUUUAUGUUUUCCUUUUAGAUGGAUAUUUUCAUCAUAGGGUGGGACAGUGCCGAUACUCCUCAAAGGAACUGCAUGAUAUAGAGUUUAUAGACUCUUACUAUUUCAAUCAGGUUGAAUAUAUCAGAUUCAACAGCACUGUAGGAAAGUAUGUUGGAUACACUGAGCUGGGUUUGAAGAAUGCAGAAGCAUGGAACAGUGAUGCUUCGUUCCUGGCUCAAGAGCAAGGGAAUCUGGAGCGUUUCUGUAAGCAUAACGCUGCUAUCUACUACAGUGCCAUACUGGAUAAGACAGGUGAGCAGGGCUCCUUAGCACCACUUACAGUCCUCUGACUGAUCAAGUGAAGACAAUUACUUGAUUUUAUUCAGGAGAAUUGUUAAAUAGAGAUCUGUCUGAUGAAGAUAAUGGUAUAGAUAAUCAAUAUCUAUCUAGACUAAAGGUAAAAGCUUAAAACUGGAUUUUUAAUCUAAAUUGGAUGGAUGAAUAACAUGUUUUUUCUUGAAUAGUUAUAUAGCUGUAACUAUAUUUAAAACAUUGAGUAUACUUCUAGUGCCUCUGAGUUGCAUCCGAAAACAAACUGAAUAUUAGUAGACAUGAACAUUUACAGUAUGACUUUAGUCAGCUAUGUAUUGACAGUUCAUUCCUAAUCAUCUACUAUAUGUACAUUUCAGCUAAUCUAUCUAAUGAAGUCUAAUUUCUAAAGCACAGCCUAGGUUCAAUGAUAUCAAAACUAUGGAAUAUAUGUUAUGCAUCCAAUCAUAUAUAGUGAACUAUAAUGACAAAUGUUUUGUUUCCUCCAUUAGCUGAGCCCCAUGUCAGACUGAGCUCAGUGACUCCCCCCAGUGGCAGACACCCUGCCAUGCUGAUAUGCAGCGCCUAUGACUUCUACCCCAAACCAAUCAGAGUGACCUGGCUGAGGGACGGACAAGAGGUGAAAUCUGAUGUGACCUCCACUGAGGAGCUGGCUAACGGGGACUGGUACUACCAGAUCCACUCCAACCUGGAGUACACACCCAAGUCUGGAGAGAAGAUCUCCUGUAUGGUGGAGCACAUCAGCCUCACUGAGCCCAUGAUGUAUCACUGGGGUAAGGGGUGAUAGUGUGGGAUAAUGGGGUGUGAGUGGGGUAAGGGUGAUAGUGUGGGAUAAUGGGGUGUGAGUGGGGUAUGGGUAUGAGAGUGGGGAAAUGGUGUGUGAGUGGGAUAAUGCUGUGAGAGUGGGGUAAAGGGGUGUGAGUGGGGUAAGGGGGAUAGUGUGGGGUAAGGGUGUGAGAGUGGGGUAAUGGGUUGAGAGUAGGUUCAUGGGUAUGAGUGGGGUAAGAUUGUUUGAGUGGGGUAAUGGGGUGCGAGUGGGUGAGGUUGUGUGAGUGGGGUAAGGCGGUGUGAGUGAGGUAAGAGUGUGAGUGAGGUAAGAGUGCUACACAGAGUAUGCUGUGUAUGUUGUGUAUUUAAUAGAAAAACUGUUAUUGAAUCACAGUAAUAUUGUUGAUGAAAUGAUCCUUUCUCUUUGACAGACCCGUCCCUGCCUGAGUCUGAGAGGAAUAAGAUAGCGAUCGGUGCGUCUGGUCUGGUGCUGGGAGCCAUCUUAGCAUUAGCAGGACUGAUCUACUAUAAGAAGAAGUCUUCUGGUGAGGGUCAUCAGUGUGUAGAAAACAUACAUACUGUAUACACUCUGGAGAGGUCAUAUACGUUUCUAAUAGCAUAGUAUCUUUAUACAGCACAUGUAAGGAAUUAUGAAAACUUGAUGUAGUAGUGUAUGUAACAGCAUAUGGGAUGGUAUCUCUAUUCAUUUACUGGAAUAACAUGAUUCUUAUUCUCUCUCUCGCUCUUCCUUCUAUAACAGGGGUGCUCUAGAAGCAACGAGCUAAGGUGAGACUCCUAUUCUGAUGAAUUACCAGUUACAAUGGCUCAUGUCAAAGAUGUCAUGAUGAUUAUUUGAUGUCUCACUAAUAAUACUUGUUUGCUAUAUUUUCAGCCUUGAAGGCACAUUGCUGUAUCUGCUGCAGAAAUGGAUCCAAAAUGUGAUUUUCUUGCUUGUUAUGAAUCAGUGUUCCUGACAAGACGUCUACUGCUGGAGUGUAUAACUGAACAUUAAUCUAUACUUUCUUAAUGAAGCAUAUUUUUGGUAACAUAUAUUAUCCGUACUCCUUUCAUAAUCAAUCCAUUAACAACGUUAGGCUUGAUAGUAAUAAGACAAAUAGUGCUAUGAGAAUCAUGCAAUCAAUUGUUUAUUAACUUAAUAGAUCUGAUAGAGAACUGCUUUAUCUGACCUACUAUAACACUGUAAGUUCUUUUGAGUGGGCAGAAUAUACAACAGUCCACUGUGCUUGGGGUACUUUACUCAGCUGUACUGUUCUGUGUCUUUUUCACUAACAAAAAACUAACUUCGUUCUUAAUUAAAGGAGCAAUAUUUAAAUGGUGAAAAUAUUGUGUGUGGUAAUACUGAAGUUUUUUAAAAUGCUGGUUGAUGAGAAUGGAAAAUAGGUUCAGUCUUUGUUUAAACUUCUAUAUGUUUUAGACUAAAUAUCACUCUGUACUGACAUUACACACCUGGAAAGUAACCUCCUAGGUGUCACAUUGAUAACGUUUUUAUAUGAUUGAUUUCAGCUCCCUUCAUUUGCGUGUUGCUCAUUUGCUGCUCAAUCAUGGUUGUGGUUUCAGAUCUUCUAUAUAACUGGGACAUAUUUUUGACAUUCCUUUGAUAUGAUACAAGCUUUUCAAUAAACCAUUAUACAUGUCAUGAUGUAGUGUCUCUGUUUACUAAGGUUGGGUUUGAUGUUUUCUUGGUAUCUGAGGCAAAAUGACAGUGGCCUUGAACAAGUUGUAUCUGUCACUCCCCUGUGGUUGUGGUUGGUGUGACAUUCUUGUUCUGAAUCCUAAAUCGAUCCCUAUCCCCUACUCCCUAGGAACUCUUGUAGAUCUGAAAGGAUCAAGAAAGUUUAAACAGUAUGGUCAUUACUUCACCUGCCUUCUGAUAGUGUCACGCCCUGACUCAGGGGACUCUUAUUUGUUGAGUCAGG